GCAGAGUCUGGAGUGGGGGCUGCCCUGCCAUAGGAGGCGGCGGGCGGACCCUGAAGGGAGGGUUGGGAGGUUGCUGUCACUUUCUGAGUCUGCAGCCCAGAGUGAGAUUAUCCCUGUCUUCAGAGGACGGUGGCCAACUGGUCGCGGGGCCCCCGCCUCUCCCUCAUCACGCAGACCCCGUGCCUCCUUCGGCAGCCGCGGUGGCGGCGGCUGCAGAGCCUCGCCCACUCCAAUCCCCACCCUCUCCAUCCUUAGCCAUUUAAGAACAGCAGCGCCUGGCACGUUCCUGGAGGACCCCGGACGCAGAAGAGGAAAGCGAGCCGGCGCAGGGUGACAAGAAAGGCAGCAUGCGCCCCCCGGGAGCAGCCUCGGCGCCCACGGUCUGAGGCUGCAGCCCCAGUCUGCCAUUGUGAGCUGCCGCCGUGGGAGCCAGCCCGCGCUGCCGUCCCCCCGGGUCCCUGUCCGCGCCGCCAUGGGACACCUGCCCACGAGGGCGCGCGGCGGCCGCCGCCUCCUGACUCUGCUCUGGCUCUUUGUGCUGCUCAAGAAUGCUACAACUUUCCAUGUCACUGUCCAAGAUGACAAUAACAUCAUUGUCUCUUUGGAAGCUUCUGAUGUCACAAGUCCAUCAUCUGUCUAUGUUGUGAAGAUAACGGGUGAAUCCAAAAAUUACUUCUUCGAAUUUGAGGAAUUCAACAGCACUUUGCCUCCUCCUGUUAUCUUUAAGGCCAAUUAUCAUGGACUUUAUUAUAUAAUCACUCUGGUCGCAGUAAAUGGAAAUGUGGUGACCAAGCCAUCCAGAUCAAUAACUGUUUUAACAAAACCUCUACCUGUAACCAGUGUUUCAAUAUAUGAUUAUAAACCUUCUCCUGAAACAGGAGUCCUGUUUGAGAUUCAUUAUCCAGAAAAAUAUAACGUGUUCACAAGAGUAAACAUAAGCUACUUGGAAGGUAAAGACUUCCGGACAAUGCUAUAUAAAGAUUUCUUUAAGGGGAAAACAGUAUUCAAUCACUGGCUACCAGGAAUAUGUUAUAGUAACAUCACGUUCCAGCUGGUAUCUGAGGCAACUUUUAAUAAAACUACUCUUGUGGAGUACAGUGGUGUCAGUCAUGAACCCAAGCAGCAUAGAACUGCCCCUUACCCACCCCGAAAUAUUUCAGUUCGCAUUGUGAACCUGAACAAAAACAAUUGGGAAGAACAGAGUGGCAGUUUCCCGGAGGAAUCAUUCCUGAGAUCGCAAGAUCCAAUGGGAAAAGACAAACUCUUCCAUUUUACUGAUGAAACUCCAGAAAGACCCUUUGGCAACGUUUCUUCUGGUUGGCCUGAUUUUAACAGCAGUGACUACGAAACAACAUCUCAGCCACGCUGGUGGGACAGUGCCUCUGCGACACGUGAAAGGGAGGAUGGGUUUGUCAGUGUACUUCCCAUGGAAUACGAAGCUAACAAUACCCUCAGUGAGACUGAGAAAUCAACAUCAGGCACUUUCCCAUUUUUCCCUGUUCAAAUGAUACUGAGCUGGUUACCACCAAAGCCACCCACUGCCUUUGAUGGGUUCCAUAUUUACAUAGAAAGAGAAGAAAACUUUACUGAAUAUUUGACAGUGGAUGAAGAAGCUUGUGAAUUUGUUGCUGAACUGAAGGAGCCUGGGAAAUAUAAGUUAUCUGUGACAACUUUUAGUUCCUCAGGAUCUUGUGAAACUCGAAAAAGUCAGUCAGCAAAGUCACUCAGCUUUUAUAUCAGUCCUUCAGGAGAAUGGAUUGAAGAAUUGACGGAGAAGCCCCAGCAUGUACGUGUUCAUGUUUUAAGCUCAACCACUGCCUUGAUGUCCUGGACGUCUUCCCAAGAGAACUACAAUAGCACGGUUGUGUCUGUGGUAUCGCUGACGUGCCAGAAACAAAAGGAGAGCCAGAGGCUUGAAAAGCAGUACUGCACUCAGGUGAACUCAAGCAAACCUGUUAUUGAAAAUCUGGUUCCUGGUGCCCAGUACCAGGUUGUGAUGUACCUGAGAAAAGGCCCUUUGGUUGGACCACCUUCAGAUCCCGUGACAUUCGCCAUUGUUCCCACCGGAAUAAAGGAUUUAAUGCUCUACCCCUUGAGUCCUACAGUAGUGGUACUGAGCUGGACCAGACCUUACUUAGGAGUGUUCAGAAAAUAUGUGGUUGAAAUGUUUUAUUUCAACCCUGCAACAAUGACAUCGGAGUGGACAACCUACUAUGAAAUAGCAGCAACCGUCUCCUUAACUGCAUCGGUGAAAAUAGCUAAUCUGUUGCCAGCGUGGUACUACAACUUCCGUGUUACCAUGGUGACGUGGGGAGACCCAGAAUUGAGCUGUUGUGACAGCUCCACCAUAAGCUUCAUCACGGCCCCAGUGGCUCCAGAAAUCACUUCCGUGGAAUAUUUUAACAGUCUGUUAUAUAUCAGUUGGACAUAUGGGGAUGACACCACUGACCUGUCCCAUUCUAGAAUGCUACACUGGAUGGUUGUUGCAGAAGGAAGGAAGAAAAUUAAAAAGAGUGUAACACGAAAUGUCAUGACUGCAAUUCUCAGCCUCCCUGCAGGAGACAUCUACAACCUCUCAGUAACUGCUUGUACGGAAAGAGGAAGUAAUACCUCCAUGCUCCACCUAGUCAAGCUAGAACCAGCUCCUCCAAAAUCACUUUUUGCAGUGAAUAAAACCCAGACUUCAGUGACUUUGCUGUGGGUGGAAGAGGGCAUAGCUGAUUUCUUCCAAGUCUUCUGUCAGCAAGUGGGCUCCAAUCAGGAAACCAAGCUCCAGGAACCAAUUUCUGUUUCUUCCCACGUCGUGACCAUCUCCAGCCUCCUUCCUGCCACUGCCUACAACUGUAGUGUGACCAGUUUUAGCCACGACAGCCCCAGCAUUCCUACAUUCAUAGCGGUCUCAACAAUGGUUACCGAGAUGAAUCCCAAUGUUGCAGUAAUCUCAGCGCUGGCCAUCCUUAGCACCUUUUUAAUUGGACUGCUGGUUGUGACCCUUGUCAUUCUGAGGAAAAAGCAUCUACAGAUGGCUAGGGAAUGUGGAGCUGGAACAUUUGUCAAUUUUGCAUCCUUAGAGACGGAUGGAAAGCUUCCGUACAGCUGGCGUAGGAGUAUAUUUGCUUUCUUAACCCUGCUACCCUCAUGUCUUUGGACUGAUUAUCUUUUGGCAUUUUAUAUUAAUCCUUGGAGUAAAAACGGCUUAAAGAAGAGAAAGCUGACUAACCCGGUUCAGCUGGAUGACUUUGAUUCCUACAUCAAGGAUAUGGCCAAAGACUCUGACUAUAAAUUUUCUCUUCAGUUUGAGGAUUUGAAAUUGAUUGGACUGGAUAUUCCACAUUUUGCUGCAGAUCUUCCACUGAACCGAUGUAAAAACCGUUACACAAACAUCCUACCAUAUGACUUCAGCCGGGUGAGAUUAGUCUCCAUGAAUGAAGAGGAAGGUGCGGACUACAUCAAUGCCAACUAUAUUCCUGGAUACAACUCACCCCAGGAGUAUAUUGCCACACAGGGGCCGCUGCCUGAAACCAGAAAUGACUUUUGGAAGAUGGUCCUACAACAGAGGUCUCAGAUUAUUGUCAUGCUCACUCAGUGUAAUGAGAAAAGGAGGGUGAAAUGUGACCACUACUGGCCUUUCACGGAAGAACCCAUUGCUUACGGGGACGUCACCGUGGAGAUGAUCUCAGAGGAGGAGCAGGAUGACUGGGCCUGUAGACAUUUCCGGAUCAGCUAUGCUGAUGAAAUGCAGGAUGUGAUGCAUUUUAACUACACUGCGUGGCCUGAUCAUGGUGUGCCCACAGCAAAUGCUGCAGAAAGUAUCCUGCAGUUUGUACACAUGGUCCGACAGCAAGCUACCAAGAGCAAAGGCCCCAUGAUCAUACACUGCAGUGCUGGAGUGGGGCGGACAGGAACGUUCAUUGCCCUGGACAGGCUCCUGCAGCACAUUCGGGAUCAUGAGUUUGUAGACAUCUUAGGACUGGUGUCAGAAAUGAGGUCAUACCGGAUGUCUAUGGUACAGACAGAGGAACAGUACAUUUUUAUCCACCAGUGUGUACAGCUGAUGUGGUUGAAGAAGAAGCAGCAGUUCUGCAUCAGUGACAUCAUAUAUGAGAAUGUCAGCAAGUCCUAGUUCAGAACUGGAAGCAGAGAGGACAUGAUGUUCACCCACCCUCCCUUACUUCUGGAUUUUUUAGGGGAGUCUGUUAGCCAUUUUUCUAACAAGGGCCCCUGCUUUGUAAUAUGUGGCCAAGGAGAUAAUUUAUCUCAUAGAAGCACCCGGAAGACCUAGCCUUAAAGAUCCUACAGUGUCUUUUGGACUCUUACUUCUGCACAUUUAAUAAUGGACCAAAUUCAAUUGAACACUACAAAAGUCAAGAUGCUCUACAAAGGGCAGGAAGUGAAGCACUUCCGAAGAGUUUAGUUGGCCUUUUGCUGGUUGGGCUGAGUUAGUUUUUGUUUUCUUUUGUUUGUUUUAUUUUAGUGCAAUAAUUUUUAUAUGUGCGUAUUUUUAUCAGAAAGUAGAAUUGUUUUCUGCCCAUACUAUUGAUCUAGCCCAUAGCCCAGGAAAGAAUAGGCAUUGUGAAUACUAAAUUAUACCCCAUUGUUAAAAAAGAAGAGGCAUGGCCACACAUGAAGAAAUGGUAAUUCUCCUUCAAGGACAUAGAACCGGCAGUAUCUGCAUUCCAUUAUUAAGUGCUGGAUCAGGAGCUGGGAGUGGGGAUGGGGGAAGAGAUAGGUGUUCUACCUACAGAUCAGUCCUGUACCUUUUUCUUAUUCCAAAUAUGAAAAGCUGUAAUUCAACUUCAAAGUAGAGUAGAAAAAAAUAUUUAAGUCUAAUUGUUCUAGUUCUUAAUGGUUUUCUUCCUUAUUAACAGUUGGGUGUUUCUUCCUUGGCCCUUUUGGACUAAUGCCACUGUCCAGGUUCUUUUGUCAACAAACCAGAUAAUUGGUUCAGAGAAGUUUGAAGUCUGACCUUUUAGACUCCAUUGCUGUGUGAGCAAUCUUGGUGCCUCGACUUUGCAUUCCUUUUUCUAUUGACCUGCAUACAUGUGAGAGCUAUUUCUUUGAGAACUAUAGCUGCGAAAACGCACUUUCUUUCCCUCAGAGCUGGGAAUUUAUGAAGUUACGGCAAUGAAUUGCAGCAUGCUAGGACAAUUAUUUGGCUACAGAUAUGUAAUAUUGUCAAGCGUCUCUGUGGAUUCCAACAGAGAUAUCUUUUUGUUUUGUUUCCUUUUUGGUUUUCAGUUUAAUUGUAACCACUGUAACUAGUAACAUUUUAUUCCUGGGAUUUUGUAUAAUUACAGUACAUGAUUGUGUAUUGUAACAUGAAUGCUAUCAAAAAUGGACAUCGAUGGCACUGUGAAGCCUGCUACUUUGUGUCACUUCCUUAGAAGUAAGAGGUGAUGGUAUGGGUUGCAAAGGAAAACAUUUUGAGGUGAAAGUAAACACAAGCUGGCUGCUUCUCUAUGGCAGUGUGGCUGCUGUGGAAUCCCUGUGUGUGCUUCCAGGAGGCUUUGGUCCCUUCUGUGUAUCUGAUCAUGGCCCCUUGCCCCAGCUUCCCUCCAUUCCUGAUCCCCUUCUUGAGGCCACGUGUAUAGGAUUGGUUACAUAUUUCAUCAGUGAUCUUAGUGAUGGUGAAGGAUGCCAGAUGAACAGCUGUGUACUCCACAGUCAGUCUCUUGUCACUGAGAAGGCCUGGCCACAGCAGACCUUGGCACCAUCGCUUGCUGGCCUGGCCAACAAGUCUCAGUUCUACCCUGCAGGGUGAGUGACAGAGGAUGUCCAUACCCUCCAGGUUAACAGCUUGGACUCUUAGGGGAUUGUCCUUUUUUACUCACUUCCCUUCCUCCGCUUCUUACCUCCCUGCUGCCAUCCCUCUCUUCUUCUCACCCCCACUCCUUUAUUUUCCGUCUUGGAUAUUUUUAUAAUAUAUCACUCCAUUCUCAAGAACAAACAUAGCUUUUCAAAAGGUGGCAAAUGUAUGUGUGACAUUCUCAGACUUUCACACAUGGACAGGUCAGGAGUGAGGUGUGCAACAUUGGAAGAGCCGAUAAGAGGUAUCGGCAAGCAGGAAUGCAUUUCAGAAACUUACAGGAACAUCACUUGCUGUGAAACUUAAAGCACUUCAUAAAUAUUUCAGGGUUUUUUCUUGAGUACCCCAUCAAGGUAGGGAUUAAAUAGUGCCAGAUCGGUUUUCCCAAAAGAGAAGUUGAAGUAUCCAGAGGUAACUAAAAACCCAAUUGAAAGAAAUGGAGUCAAACCCAGACAGUGGAUUAUUUCUCCUGAAAUUUGUUGUCUUUGCUUCAACAGGCAUAAAAUUAGGACCUAUCAGCUUUUCCAUCCUUUAGAAGUACAGUCAAUCCC